GUUUCAUGGUCUCCCCUGACAAAUCAUCAAUGGCCAGGAACCUGUAGCAGACACACUCUAUUGCUCCCACCCACAUACAUUUUACAGAAGUCAAAAGUUCCUUUUUCAUUUUACAGUCAAACAGCGGGCCUCCUUUAUUUAAUUUCAUUUGACACAGCUGAAGGCCUCUGAGAGUGGCUUAGGUCGUAAGUGUCUGCUAUACAAUCAGAGAGAGAGAAAUUUUAGAGUUUUUCGUUGAGUGAGAGGAAAUUUUGAAACAUUGUGCAAUGGUACCGCAAAAGUUUUGAAAGGCUGAGAGAGUAUUUUUGCCUGCAAAACAUCUGAGAAUCGGACUGUUGGAAAAGAGGUCUCCAUGUUGCAUCCAUACAGAAUGGAGAGCUACCUCAUCCCGCCUCACUCAGAAGAAAUGUACGACCCUGAGAUCUACAGACAUCACAUUGCAGAAUAUUAUAAUUAUAGUAGUGUCCUGGACGCAGAUAUUCAGACAGAUCACUGGGACUACCACCCUCACGUACACCCCGUAGAGUUUGAAAACCUCCAAGAGGCCAACUUCACAGAAUUGCAGAGUGUGCAGGCUCUCCACGCCCCUAGCCUCAUACGACACGACGCCAUACGGUACGACGCAGAAAACCUGCUGGAUCCAAACCUCGGGGCACAUCCACACGUGUUACAGCAGCCAGUGGCAUAUUUCCCUCGGCCUUUGUAUCCACCACAUGUGUCCCAGCGCAGCUCUGAUGAUGAGGAGCACGUUGAAAGAAGUCCCCCUCUGGAGGUGUCUGAUGAAGAGUGUCUGAGAGAUCGAGUCUCUUAUGUCACUGCAGGAGAUAUGGGCAACAAAAAGAAGAUUCGUUUAUACCAGUUCCUGUUGGAUCUUUUAAGGAACGGCAAUAUGAAGGACAGUAUCUGGUGGGUGGACAGUGACAAGGGGACCUUCCAGUUUUCAUCCAAACACAAGGAGGCUCUGGCACACCGCUGGGGGAUUCAGAAGGGAAACCGCAAAAAAAUGACCUAUCAGAAGAUGGCCCGGGCCUUACGCAACUACGGGAAAACUGGAGAGGUGAAAAAGAUCAAGAAAAAGCUGACCUACCAGUUCAGUGAUGAGGUGCUGGGGAGGAGUCAUCUGGAGAGAAAAUACUUGUAGGCAGGGUGGAUACUGAAAUGUCACGAUUUACUCAUGGAAAAUGUUGAGGAGUAGUUUCAUAUGUUAGACAUUUAAUCAAACUUGCUAUUGUGGUAUUCUGCAUUUUGUAAAUAGUUGCAUUACUGCUGUACAGUGGGACCAAUAGUUGUGUACAGACAAACAGGGGAAGGUAAAGGUUACACAGUUCGCAUCUUAGACCCUGGGUUUCACUGUGAUGCCCUGUAUGCUUUAAAUUUGGGUGCACAUACAGUACAAAUCGAUGGGAUUUUCUUUUAGGUACUGUCUGUUUAUACAUUUUCAAUAUUGGGGUCCAAGUUGUGUUGUAUGACAUGUAGCUAUGACGUUGGAAAUGUGGCCUUCUGCCGCCUAUCUUUGACUCUCCCUGUUUUGGACAGGCUUAAGUUCUCUUUAAGGGUUAUACUCUAUGUGUGUGUAUAUAAUUGCAAAUUCAUAUUUAAAACAGUAAUGACAGUCAUUAAUGGCAUAGACUUAGCUUUUAGGACUAUUAUAAAACCAUAACUAUGAUUACUUAAAUGACAAAUAUCUUUUAAAAAUACAUGAAACUCUGUAUGUCAUAUUAAAAAAUGCUUUUAAUAAAUAAAUAGUUCAUAAAGUUCGAGAUAA